AUGGGUGACGCUACUUCCAACGGCGACGUGCCUCACUCGGCAUUCUUCUCUCAUAUCACCUCAUACCCUGUUGUCUCCGAUUCCAUCAAGCUCGUCCAGGAGAACCCCUAUGGAGCAAAGUCAAUUGAUCUGACCAAUGCUGGCUACAGCAAAUUCGUCAAACCCACCCUUCCAUAUUUCCAAACUCCUGCCUCAUACGCAAAGCCCUACGUCGUCAAGGCUGAUGAGCUUGGUGACCUGUUCCUCUCAAAAUUCGACGAGAAAGUCCCCAUUGUCAAGUCGGAGACAAAGGAGAUCAAAGGCACAAUCUUCGGUUAUGUACAUUGGCCUCUUGAGAAGGCCGGAGAGACCAAAGACUGGGCCUUGAACACAUAUAGCAGUGAAUACAAGAAGAUUGGAGGCGAGGGCUACGUCACCGGUGGAAAGGCCGUGGUCACCACCUCCUUGAUCUUAACCUCUGAUGCCCUCAAGUGGGUCAGCUCAUUCCUCCAAGCAAAGAAGGAGGAAGCCAAGGAAGUUGUUCAGGAAAAAGCAAACAAAUAA